AACUCAGUAAAAUUUUGCAGCCCUAAGAACCAAUGCCGAGAAUAAGCCAAAAUGGAUGAUGGUCCUGUUUUCUAUGGCUUUAAAAACAUUUUUAUUACAAUGUUUGCAAUGUUUUUUUUUUUCAAGCUUUUGAUUAAAGUGUUUCUGGCUCUCCUAACCCAUUUCUAUAUCGUCAAAGGAAAUAGAAAAGAAGCAGCUAGGAUAGCAGAAGAGAUCUAUGGUGGACUUUCAGACUGCUGGGCUGAUCGAUCCCCACUUCAUGAAGCUGCGGCCCAGGGGCGCUUGUUGGCACUUAAAACUUUAAUUGCACAAGGUGUCAAUGUGAAUCUUGUGACAAUUAACCGGGUCUCCUCUCUCCAUGAGGCGUGCCUUGGCGGUCACGUGGCCUGUGCUAAAGCCUUGCUGGAAAAUGGUGCGAAUGUCAAUGGAGUGACGGUUAAUGGGGCCACACCCCUCUUCAAUGCUUGCUGUAGUGGUAGUGCUGCAUGUGUCAAUGUGCUAUUGGAGUUUGGAGCCAAGGUCCAGCUUGAGGUAUACCUGGCUUCACCUAUCCAUGAAGCAGUGAAAAGAGGUCACAGAGAAUGCAUGGAGAUUCUGCUGGCAAAUAAUGUUAACAUCGACCAAGAGGUGCCUCACCUGGGAACACCCCUAUAUGUGGCAUGUACCUUCCAGAGAAUUGAUUGUGUGAAGAAACUUCUAGAACUAGGAGCCAGUGUUGAUCAUGGCCAGUGGCUAGACACCCCUUUGCAUGCUGCAACAAAACAGUCCAAUGUGGAGGUCAUCCACCUGCUCACUGAGUAUGGGGCUAACCUAACUCUCAGAAAUGCUCAGGGAAAAAGCGCACUUGAUCUUGCUGCUCCCAAAAGCAACGUGGAGAAGGCACUCCUGCUCCAUGAAGGUCCACCUGCUCUUUCCCAGCUCUGUCGCCUGUUUGUCCGGAAGUGCUUGGGCCGAGCAUGUCAUCAAACCAUCUGCCAGCUAGGCCUGCCGGAACCACUGGAAAGAUUCCUCUUAUACCAGUAGUCCCAAAUGUCCAUGGGCAGAUACAUAGACAUAUAUAGGUUGCUGCCAGCUUUCCACACUCAGUGGUUUGACCCAUUAUCCUAAAAAGCUCUCAGCCAAUUACAAUACAUCUUCCCAAAAUCCAAACACUUGGGGUGAGCAAACUCCUGGUUAGUUUAACACUCUCAUUUACCAAGAGGCAACCAGAACCUUUUAGCUUUUAACUCUUGAUAAUCAACUUUAAGAAUACCGUGAAGUAGAAUGGAAAUUAUAGCAAUUUUCUGAUUAUUUAGGAUCCCCUAGUACCUAGUGGUGGUGGGAUCAACAUUCUGAAUAGGCACAAGUAGGUAAGAUUUAAAUAAAUGUCAAGAACCCCCAAGAAAUUCUCUUGAUUUAGUUCCUCCUUCUACCAUAGUUCUUUUUUGUUUGUUUUCUCCCUUGAAUAAAUAUCUGCUGUGAUUUUGUUU